UCAACUUUGUGUAGCGCAAAGUUUAUUGCAGCUAUGCAGCUAGUGUAUACUAUAUUUGCACAAUUGUAUGUAAUAAAAAGUAACUUAUGAUUGUAUAAUUUCCCAGCAUGAUGAUCUCCGACCUGUAGUUCUGAGACGCCACUCCUCCUUCAGAUGUAACCAAGCAAAAGUUUGGCACUAUGCCCCUGGUUCCAAUCCGCGGGGAUGACACUAACGCCACCAUGGUCUCUGCUAACCAACAACUGCGUCGCCUACAUACACGAAGAACUCUGUCAAUGUUCUUUCCAAUGAAAAUGCAUCAGGAUUCAUUUGAGGAACUGCAGGAAAAACAAAUCGAUGAGUUUGAACCUGUAUACGAAGAAGUUGGGAAUUUCAAGGCUGUGACGCAACCAGUAACAGAUUGUAACCUUCCUUUGGAACUGCUUUUGCCUCCUCCUUUAGACAGAGGAAAAAAGCCCUCUCUGAACCAAGAUCAGUUUAAGCAAACACCAACAAUCACAAUUAAGUCGUGCUUUCCUGAAAAGUCAGAAAGGGAUGACUGUAUUAAGACUCAAUCUCUAGACAGAAAUAUUGGUGCAGAAAGUUUGAAGACUAUCCAUAGUGACAGCGCAAAAUCAUCUCCACCUGAUAAGGCAGUUAGUCCUAGCCAUGCUAAAUCUUCAUCUCUUGAAAGGCAGGUGGAACCAAAUCGGACUCAGGCAAGUUCUGCAAGAAGCCAAGGUGUGAAAAGUAUGCUAGACUUAAGUUCAAUGCCACCAUUGUUUUUUGAACCAGGGCCUUCUUCAGAAAUAUCUAAGAAUCCUGUCAGAAAGAAAAACUCACCACUCGGCUCUCAAAUGCAAGAUAGACUUCUUCAGGAGCUAAACACAGUUAUCCUAAAAAAGAAUGAAUCAUCAUCAGGGACAGGACAGCAAGUGACGUGACCAAAUAGACAAUAAUAUGUUCUCUUAAGGAACUCUAUAAGCCCUUUCCUGGAGUCCUAGUCUGCUUUGAUACAAAAUGAAUUUCAGACUGCGAAUUUGUGUGGUGGAAACAUUAAUUCUACUGUGUAAAAGGCUGUUAAGGAGUGUGGACAUUGUAAUUUGUGUUCUGUAUUUUACUACUUUUUUUUCAAGGUUAUGAAGUUUGGUUUGCUAUUUUAGACCCAUGAUGCGGAAUCUUGAACUUUAUAGCAAUUUAAAUUUGCAGUUUCCCUUUUUCAUGUAACAAUUUUGUAGCAAUAUGAAUAGAAAUUGCAAUAUAUUUGUAUUACUUUCCAGGACCAUGAGUUUAAAUUAUUAAUAUUUAAAAUCUGCAGAUCAUAUCUCCAUUGCUUGAGACUUGAUUAGAGAGGGUCAACUUUUGAUAACCAGUAAAAAAGACAUUACUGGAAACUGUAGCUCAACAACUCCUUUUUUAGUUAAUUUAUAAGCCCUACUACAAAAUGUGACAGUAAAAUGCAGACUCCUAAAAUAGUGAUCUAUUUAAAGGCACAUUGGAGUCAACUGUUCUGUAUAAGCAUAGCGUAUGUCAGGAAUUCAGCACUGUAUUGCAAAAGUUCUUUUUAUAAAAUAAAUGUUUUAAAAUAAUUUAUUAACAUUCAUUUUCUGAGCAUAAUUUACAAGAUGUAAAUCAAGGACUUUUUAGGAAUACUCCCUUUCAUAAAGCAGUUGGAAUUCAUGUUUCUGCUCUCCUUCGUGUGUGCUUUGAUCCAAGCAGUCACUGUGUAGAAUGCUUUGCGAAAUAUGAAGUUACCAUACUUGAAGGAGAGAAAUAAGCAGUUUUUCAAAGGCAUUUUACAUCAAGAAGAGGGAAAAUAAAAUGUGUAUUAUACAGACAGCAAUAUUGUUUGAUUUUCCUUGAUUAAAUAUUAAAGGGCUAGAUUACCAGUGGAGUGCUCUCAUGUUAAAUCAAUAGUGUUCCUAUGUUUUUGCUGGUAUUACAAAUUGAAAGUAAAAGGUAAGUAAUAGUUUUAUAUGAGUUUUGUGGUAAUUUGAUUGCAGCCCUAACACUUUUCCUCAGGUCUCAAUUAGUGCUAAGAUUUUAGCUCUAUUAUGUGUUGCAUUUGAGCGCAUAACUUUCAUCUUGCAAUAUGAGUCACCUUGGUGCUCCAAAAGUUUUGGAACUACAUUUGCUAUUAUUUGUUGCUUAGCCAGCAUUUCCCAGAUGUUCAGACAUUUUAAGCUGGCUGAGCAUCAUGGGGAAUGUAGUUCCUAAACCUCUGGAGCACCAAGGUUGAGCACCGCUAAUUUAUAGUAUAGAGCGCACCAAAGGGAUUUUCACUGUGCUAAGCAUUUGCUGGUUAUUCUUCCUUACCACUGACUUGUAAUAUCAAUUUUGGCGCUAAUGUUAGCAUAGUCCAGCAAUAAUGAUAGAGCACCCUACCUAAAUAGGGAGAUUAAUGUCCCUUUAAUUUUGCAGUACUAUAACAUUAUAUUUAAUAGUAGCAAUGGAAGGUUAUAUACUGAUAAUCAUAAUAUAGUACAAAUUGUAAACAACGAUUCCUAAUGCAGCUGUGUUUACAAACUAUCAGAAAGUAAAACAAAAUGGCUGGGAUAAUCUUAGAAAUAAUUUAUGAGAAAAUAUUUAAUUUAGGAGCAAGGAACCAAAAGGUGUUUCUCCCUAAAAAAAUAAAAAAAAGGAAAUACCUCAUCAAUAUACUUUGUACAACGUUUCAAUAAAUCUGUCCUGUUUUCUCUGUG